GAUGCACCCUUUAUCAAUUGAGCAAAUAGAUUGGUAUUAUGUGUCAAUGUGUGGCUCAGUUGUCAAAUAGUGUCAAAUAGGCAAGAAAAGGUGUAAAAUACAUCGCUAUGGACGGGAGUCAAACGCAAGGCAAUGAUCAGCAAUUCAUCUCCUUCCAAGAUUUUCCUCCGAUACACCACGAGGGAAAUAUUGGUCAAGCACAAUUAAAUGUCCAUGCUUCCAGUCAUCAAGCUUUUAAUAACCUAUCUAAUGACACCACGGGUGUCGGCAUGAUCGAGGAUCUACAAGGAAUGCCCGAUAAAAACGAAGACAUAUCACCACGAAGUUUUUGGACGAUAGAAUACUAUCAAAAAUUCUUUAAUGUGAACACAAACGACGUUGUAGAAAGAAUUAAACGAUCUAUGAUUCCGCAUGGCAGUGACAACUAUUUGAUUUCUCAUAUAAGACCUAAUCCAGAUUUGUAUGGUCCGUUUUGGAUUUGUAUUACAUUGGUAUUUUCUAUAGCCAUUAGUGGCAACUUGGCCAAUUAUUUGCAAACUGUCAAUUCAGGCAAAUAUCAUUGGAGGUAUGAAUUUCACAUUGUAUCUUAUGCUGCCACUUGCAUAUUUUUAUAUGCUUGGCUGUUACCAAUAACAUUGUGGGGUGCACUAAAAUGGACUGCCAGUACAAGAGAUACGGAAGAAGAAUUAAUUGAGUCUUACGCAACACCUGGCCUCUUGGAACUAGUGUGUCUUUAUGGUUACUCUUUAGCCAUUUACAUCCCUGUAGCCUUUCUUUGGACGAUACAAAUUGGGUGGUUACAAUGGAGUUUAGUAAUAGUAGCAACCGUUUUGUCCGGUGGAGUUUUAUUAAGAUCUUUGUUGCCCAUUAUAUCAGAAUUAAUCAACAUUUUAGGGAAGUAUCGAAUGAUAUAUAUAGCGAUAAUUCUUGGGUUGCAUCUGCUGCUGGCAGCUGGAUUCAGGUUGUACUUCUUUCACGCUCCACCUAGUAACGCUGUUCAUAUUGCGGCGAAAAUCGUAUCAACCACUGAAAACAUUGUUUCUUCAAGCUCUACGGGUUAACGAUACCUCGAAUCAUUCAAUCGCAACUCAAGUCGAAUACCGUCGAAACAAUUCUCGACUUGGUCAGCUAACGUAUCUGUUUCAGUAAGGACCGUCUGAUAAAAUCGAACGAUAUAUAUUUGCUGACCACUAAUUCCGUCUUCGUGAAAAUAGAACUAGUAUUUAUAUUCUAUCUGUGAACGAAAAAUAAAUAAAGAUAAUUGAAAUUUGUGAAACUUGAGGUACUAAUGUUUAUUAAAAAGACAUCACUUGAUCGACCCAUAUAAUUUUUAUUCCUGUGUGUCAGGGCAAUAUAGAAGGCCAACAAAGUGUCUGGUUGAUUUAUUUUCACAGCCCCCAUUUCAAUCCAGGGAUGCGAUACAUAUCAACGCAACACAUAUCAUUUACAAUCAUACGAAUCUUCAUAUUGUACAUAGUAAUUGUUAAUUAGUACUCGUAAUACAAUAGAUAGUAAUUGUUAUUAGUUGACGUUAAUACAAUCGUACGUAGUUCAUCAAUAUUUGUUCUUUUUUUUAUUUUUUGUCUCUUCGUACAAUUAAUCAUUGUGACAAAAGGCAACAUUCACUAUGUAGUAGUAUCGUUACGCUAUUAUCGUCCGUCUAACAGUAUACAUAUAUGUACAUGUAUGUAUACAUAUAUACCAUAUGACAAUAGUAACUUGUUCGCCGUUCAACGUUAUUAUAUGUACAAAGGGUGCGGACCAUUCAAGUAUUAGCGAAUGUACGCAUCCAAUUAAAUCGAGGAUUCCGUAGGCGCGCUUACGUUAGAAAGUAAAUUGAGUGCGUUGAAAAAUACUACAUUUGCUAAGAAAGUUCAUUGUGUCACGGUCUCGCGUUCGAAACUGAUCGCGUCUUGCGUUUCCCCGACGAUCUAGUUAGUGCGAUUUACGAGAGGUAAUAACAAUAAAAUGUAGGAAACAUCUCGACGUCUACAAAGUAGUCUCCCGUUUUACAAGCCUUGUCGAUGUGAGCGUCGCGUGUACAAAACAUGAAAAAUUCCUAUGGGGGCUCAAUUCUGUUCAAAAGUUUAACAUAUCUCGUAGCCUGUAUCUUGCCGUCGUUCGAAGCCAUGAGAAAAUAGACAGGCUAUCGUAAUCAACGAGAAUCUAAAAAAUUAAAACACGAUUUUUUACCACCAAUUUUCUAUUGCGUAUUUUGAGCCGUUAGGUCGAUCGGUAUGCGCGAUACAAGCUACCAGAAAACUUCUGUUUGAACGCGAUUCCCGGAAACGUUUCUAAAUUUACGGCUUGGUGCUCACAACGACUUGGUCCAACGUUUUUACAAGAUAAUGCAGUCAAAGAUUGCGAAUAGGCAGGAGCGAUAAUGAGUAAUAUGCAUUUACGACAGUCUACGGAAUUACUUGCUUACGAUAUUUUUGUUCUUUUAGUCUUGAUUCUCUCAACACAUUUACACAAAAUGCGUUCGAGUCUGCUAAACGUAGUAGUUAAUAGUAAUAAUAGUUUUUAUUACCGUUAUUUACAAUAAGUUGCAUCACCGGGGGUAUCUGUCGUCAUUGUUAUUAUUAUUGUUGUUACGAUUAUCAUAUAAUACAAAUAUUUCUCUUCUAUCUCGUUAGUGCAAACACGCAUUGCUAUUAUAGAGACGCACGAAUGAAAAAGACGUACGCACUAUUUAAAUAUUAGACAUAGACAGUAAUGUUUACCCUGGUUUUUAUCAAUUAUUACAAGUAUACACAUAUUAUAUAUAUAUAUCUAUAUAUAAUAUAUAUAACAAUGCUCAUAAAUGUCGUACUUUUUAUACAAUCGUUGACUAUCUUUUUCUACUGUGUUAUGCGAUAUUACAUAAAUUUCAGGUUGAUUAUUCAGUCGCAUGCUUAGACAGUACGUGAUCCGUUUCUUAUCCCGAACUCGUUAGCUUCGAAGUCACAUUAUCGCGAUAAUAACAAACGUAGACGAGAUGACCGUUUUAUCGAACAAACGGGAUAAUUGAAACAACAGAUAGAGAACACAACUGUUACUUUUUUUCGCGUUUAACUUCUGUUAGCUUCCUCAAGACUGUUGCAACCGUAUUUAUCGUACCCCGCAGUUUCUCGAUCGCAUAAGAAUACUUUCAUGUCGAGACAGCUUGCCAAAGAACAAUGUUUGCGAGAAACUUCUACUUUUGUCGUACUAUUCAGCUAGAUGAACGGAAAGCCAAGUAUCGUUUCAUUCGGAAUUGCAGCUCUUGGUGUUUAUCCGCGUCCUUUCAUUGGACAUUGUGUCACAGACAAAUAUAGUAAUCGAAAGUCUCGUAUAGCGACAAUGAUAUGUGUUUUCUUUUCUCACGGAGGAACCAUAUAUGAAACUCGACGUGGAACACAAUUUUCGACGAUUCUACUUUCGAAUCUUCUUUACGAAUUUUGCAGCGGUAACUCGCGAUUUAAGAGAUGAUCGAUUACGAAUUGCGAAUAAUUUUGAAUCACCGUACUAGUAUUUACGAAAAAAUUAUGUGCCGUCUCGAUAGUCUUACUCGUAGCCAGUCGAUCGUCUUAUUAUACGCUUUCCAGAGGAGAAUAUUAAACCAGGAGAAUUCAUCCUUAGCGAAUAUGGCUGUCGUACACGUGUCGGCGAUUUCGCGCUAUGAAUCCAUCGCUCUAAUUACCGUACGAUUACAACAAUUUUCUAAAUGUGUUCUACAAGCUUCGUAAAAAUCUAAGUUUUACAUCCGUGAUAUACUUGUAUCUGAAACGUGCCGCGCUAUAAAGCAUGCUAUAGCAGAGAAGAAACAGACACGAACGAGAUGCGCUCAAGUACCUUUUAUGGUUGAAGAGAACAAUCGGUAUACAUGGCAUGUUUUGCUAAAAAUUCGCACUCGCAGAAUUGUAAAAAAAGGGACGUGUUUCGUUUCCGUUUCCGCUUCUGCUUCUAAACGCGCCUCGUUUAUCGGUUUACAAAUGGCGAGGCUCUUUUUGAUCAAUGUUCCGAGUCGAUCGCAUUCGUCGUUUCGAUCGAUCCUCGGUUCCUUUGAUUGCAAGCUUAUAGUAGUAUAUAUAACAGGUACGGUGAUUAAUCAGUUAACUCUUACGGAAGCUUUUCUUUGGACCUGUCUGCUAGAACGGUUCGGUCUAUGUAUUGUCGAGAGGGUCAACGACGCAUUGGAAAAGUGUCUUGGCGACAAAUAGCGUUAGAAUUGAAUUUUGUAUUUAUCGAAUGUACAAGUCCAUCUAAGGAAAUAUUCUAGCCAACGUAAAUACAUGGAUUUAGACACGUUUGCCGCGAGCAGGUUUACCAGUUUGACGGUCCGUUCUUUAAAUUCGUCGUCACAGCAAACGGGAUACGUCGAUGAAAAAAACACGCGUGACGUUGGUCGGAUAUAGCAUGGAAAUGGGACACGAGCAAUGUGUGCAUGUAAAGCGAGAAAAUAAGGACAACGUUUGAUAAAUAAUACAGCCGUGACACAGCGAACUCAGUUCAAGAAGUGUCCGAGUGAGUUACACGGACAUUUGCAUUUAUUAACCAUUUAAAACACAGUGAGACGCCUGUACCGCUUGCGUGUAUCUCUCUCUCACUCUCUCGUUUCGUACCAAAUUCUUCAUUUCACAUUCGUACUUUCCCUUGUAUUCGAUCUUUCAGGUUGCAUAUAGUAAUAUCUCGAAUACACUUACGCGGCUUCGAAGAGCGUCGAAGCUCUCGGUCGAUCACCUUAAGCAUUAGUCUUUAGUGUUUGAUUAUUAUACUACAGUAAUAUACAGAAAAUCGUGGUUCUUCACGCCGGCGGCCUGCUCGUCCAUCGAGGCACUUUCGUUCAACGCCAAUUUCAUUCGCGUAUGAUCCCGUUUUCCCGUGAUACAGCCACGACAAAUUCGUUUCGAAUCGCUGUACGAGCAAGUCCCCGGAGCUAUCAGUUAAUAUAUUCAAUAAUUACAAUACACUAAAUAUAAUCGGCCCGUGUAUAUUAAAAUAUAAAUAUCAAAUAGACUUCUUGCCCCCAAGGAUAUAUGCACCAUCUAAAUGCCGGUGCGCGACUUAAAAAUUGAGAGACGUUUCGUUAAGUAAGUCGUCACCGAUUAGUUUUUUUAAGACCCCUGUUAUCGGAAAAAUGCGAAGCUCGCCACUACCAAAACAGAAGGAAACUCGGUACUUUCUCUCUUCGCUCCUCCAAUUCGAACAAUCGCUCUGCGCCAGUGCCGAGCAAAAUGUAUCGUUACAAUUACAGAUUACUCGUGAUUUAUGAAUACUCAGACACGAUUUGCUCUCAAAGAUUACAAAUUACAAGUUUACAAUUACUGAUUUAAUUAACAAUUGUACAAACAAAGGUGCUCGACUCUGCACGCAACGCGCGUCGUUCGCAGAGUCGCGCGAUAGACUAACACGAGACAUCUCCGUGAAUCGUUUGUAGUAGUUGCGAGCUGCGUCGCGAUGAGAUUAGAAUUGUUUGGUUGCUUAAACGUUAACGUGUUCCGCGCGUUCUCUGUCCGGGUGAGGCUGUUUCGGCCGAGACAUUUAGCAGUAUGUUACCGAGUGACCAACAGAGUCAUCGCAAGAAUUUUCAAGCCACUAUUCCUUCAACAACCGAUAUUCUAUCCUCGCAUUGUUUCAGACGAGAAUAGUUUGCUACCGAGUGUUUCGUCCGUAAAAGCCCCGAGAGACGUUGCGUCGACCGAGUGACGAGCCUUGGUACAUCGAUUGUAUUUCGCGAUAUUCAGCGGCUGCCACGGUAGCAUCGGAGUGACGUGGGUCACACGCUCGGUCGCGAAGCGAUUUAAACCUAAGUACUUUUGAUUUGUCUCUGGUAAUUGAUUCGCGGUGGACAUCGAAGAACGCCGAGCGCUUCGGCUCUCGUCCCUUCGUUCCCGCGCCGGUCGUCGACGCGCGUUUCUUCCAUUUCUUUUAUUGUCGGAUACAAAAGAAGCCAAACAACGGAACUCGGGCAUGUUCGGUCGACGCAACGCCGGAAACGUAACAGCGUUUUCCGGUAUACAUUUUCAACGCUACAUUUUUUUUCUUUGUUUUUCAUUUUCUCUUUCUCUCGUUAACGCUUAAUUUUAAUCGGUUUUCGUAUGUUCGACGACGACAUCGAUUCCGAAUUGCGUGCGCGAACUAUUUCCAAGACCAAACUAAACCUACGCUUUGUACUCUGGUCGACCUCUGAAAUAAUUCGUCGCACGCGCAAGCAAUAGACAUCUCAUUCAUUUUCAUUUUAUUACGUAACAUAUAUGGAGAGAGAAAUGGUGUUCGAAGAAAUAGUCGGAUGCGAAUGCGAGACGAUAAAAGUUACUUUAGAAAAGGAUUAGCCCGGUCGAACGAAAUUCAGAAAGAAUCCUGGUUGGCUCGUCGAUAUAAGGCACGCUCUACUGAUAAACAAAUUGAUCAUCGGCUAGUGUUUCCGUUAGGACAACAGUUGUUUCAAACCGGAAUUAGAAAAACUCCUCUUGUUAACAGUUCUAAGAAGCAAACAGUUCGUCGUUGAAAAUAAAUUGAAAAGUAACCGACGUAGCCGCGUCUCGGUGAUUCGAUACCCGAUUAUCGCUAAACACAGACAUGGGCAUAGAUAUAUAUUUCGAAUAACGAACGAAAGAUACACAACUUUUGAUCGAUUAUUUGUCAAGGAAAAAUUAUAAUUUGAAUUAUAAUAUAGAAUUACAAUUCACGGUGAACGAAGGAGCUUAGCCAAUUAAUCGCGACACCGUGUUUUCAUUCGUCGUUUAUUAUUCGAAUAAAAAUUUGCCCAUCUCCGAUUAAACACCAUUUCACAUCCGACGACCUCGCUAUUGUGCCCAGCGUGCACGGUACGCGACGCGGGUAAACACAAUCGGCGCAGCCUGAGUGUUUUAAUAAUACUUUGAGACAGACUUUCUGCGAAAGCUUAAAAAACAGUUUUUUUCAUUUCAUUUCUUUCGUUUUGUGUUUCUUUUCUUACGCUAAAUACCGCCUUUUAGAAACUUCACUUUACUCUCGCAUCGCUUCGGCGAGCGAUGAAUCGGAGUUACUAUGUUGCUAGAUACGUGGUCAUACGAAAGAUCCACGCGCAUUCGAGUUUAUCGAAUCGAAAUCUGUCUCACGACCGAUAAUAAUUAAUGUAGAAAAUAUCGUUCGAUUCUUCGCGGGUCAAAAGUAUUUACGUUAAACGAUUUCUUGAACUUAGCGACCUUCGCAACAAAAUUAUAUACUGCCGUGUCCUUCAACUAUGGAUCGACUAUGAUUUCUGGCCAAUACGGUUUAAGAAAUUUUUAAGUAUAAAAUAUAUACAUUAACAUUCGUCGAUCGAUAGUGGUGGGACUAGUAUUCGUACAAGAUACUUCCAGCCAUAAACGGUUUAAAAUGCAAAACAUAAAUGUAUCUCGGAUUUAAUAGAAUCAAGUUCAAGUUGUUUUUUUUUUCUUCUUUUUUUUUUUUAUACAUAGUAACUUAUUUCCGAUGAAGCACCGAUCACAUGCGAACUGAACGUUCGAAAGACGUAGGUAACAUCGACAAACUCGAGUGAACGCGGUAAUUAUAGUUUAUACAUUUAUACAGCUGUAUCCAUAAGUAUAACGGGAUAAAGAAGUUUGGCAAAUAGUAUAUUAAUCGACGGCACGCAUGACUUAUCUACUCGACGAGUGUCACGUGUGCAUUAUGUGUAUGUGUGUAAUUAUCAUACAUAUCGAUAGUAAUAUACCGGUAAGGCGAUGCUACGAAAAUUUUUCGCAGAAAGACGUUUGGAAAAUAAUUCCAAUGAAAUUGAGAAAAUUUCAAUCAAAGAACAAGACGUUAAAUCAUUGUCGUCGUGAAAAAUGAAAAGAUCGACGUGCUUCACAGAUUCGAUCGACGGAUUGAAACUCUACGAUGUAUACCAAUUUCGAGCCAUCGAUUUAAGACUAAGAGACACAAUAAAAAUCGAACGUGUUAACUAAGUCGCGUAUUUAGAAUCAGUUGUAAUAGCCCGUACGACAUCGAUAAAAAAUAAUACAAUAGUAUUUGUAACCACAACAAUGUUAGAACGAUUAUUAAUAAUAAUAGUAUAAAUGGCGCUACUACUGUCAUAGUAUAAUUAAAAUACACAAAAGACGAACAUUCAUAUAUGGUACAAAUAUAUGUAUAGUAUAGCCAUACAGCGAUAGGUGUUAUCGAUAAUAGCAAGUUCGGCUUAUUCGUAAGAUCGUAUAAACUUCUAAAUUUCACGGAGCUGUUGUUCGAUAGACCUGUGUUAACCUCGUUACGAUUCGUUUUCUCUAGAAUUUCUUAUUAUCGGGCAUCCAUUUCGUUUCCUCGGUUUCAUUCAACGACCACCGCGAAGACAAAUAUCAACGACGGUGAGUCCACAAAGAAAAUACCCAGACCAUAGUGAAAUUAGAGUUCUGUUUGCGUCCAAGAACACUUGGAAAUUUCCAUAAUCUUCUAAACUAGAAAUACUUCGAAGACUAAGCGAACAAACGACGAAGAACAAACAACCAGUGUUCUCGGAAUGGCGCGUAGAAAAAGUUCCUAUCCGUCUCGAAUAGCUCUGCAUCAUAACGAGUAGACAAAAGUAGAAUAUGGUUACGUGCCACGAACGAAACAAACGAAACGUUUGCGAGUGUCGUUAAGAGCGAGAAGGAAGAAACAAAGAAUACUAAUCGUAAACCAUAUGAACGUUGAAACAUUAAAUUUUUCUACUUCCCUCCACAGCGAAGAUACUGUUCUAACUAUAUGCCAAGGCGUAUCUAAUUAAUUAUCAAUCUAAAAAAUCCGUCACCCACAAAGAUGAAAAAUUGUUAACGACUAACAACGUCUAAACGGUGAUGUAUGUUUUCCUUUUUGUACACGAAUAUUUACCUCCUUGUUAAAUCUAUCGCUUAAUCGUUUAAUUGUAUAGCAUUAUGCGUAAGUCGACGAACGUAUAUAUAUAAUACAAAUAACACCGUUAAUAUUAAUUUGCGACAUUAUCAUAGUGUAAUAGUGAACAUUAAGAACAUCGAAGAACAGUCAGAUAGGUGAAUCAUCGAUUCUAUCCUAAUUUACCCGCGCGAUCUAUCAUUUACGAUCUUGCUUCCCCUAAUCGGACUUCAUUUACUCUCAUUUAUAUACAUCGAGAAAACUAUCGAACCAUUGUACGGAGAGCGGACAAACAGAUUCGUCGUAUCGUUUUAAAAUUUCGAAAAAAUUGUGUUCCUUUUUCUUUUAAAAAUUACGAACUAUUGUAAUUUCUCUCGCGCUAACGCGCGUACCAUUUACUCUGCGAGAUCGUGAGCAAACUUCUACCGAAAUUCAGAACAAUCGUGUUGAUCGCGCAAUCAUGGUGGUACGAUCGCUGCUUAAUUUUCCUUAUUUUGGUGUAAAUGUGGUCUGAUUGUGAUGAGCAAUUUCCGACGAUUAAAGUCCAAAGAACGCAAGAAGACAAACGCUUAAGAACUCACAGAGCACAAUACAAUAUCAAUUUUCUAGUAGUAACUCCAAAAAUAUGUUAUUCUCUCCCUAUAUUUAUAACUAAAUUAUCUAUUCCUCAAAAAUGUCAGUUACUCUGUUUACAGUGAUAAUGUAUAAUAACUUUAUACGAACUAUCCCAUACAACGCGAUCGAACGUUAAAUUCCAAGUUCACGAAAAAACGUAAUCUUUUUUCAUGCAUCUGCCCCCUUUGAUUCCAGUAUUUUAUCCUCGGUUCUGGCCAUUUCAACGCGAGUAUCGGGCAUUUCCAACAGUACUGAACUCGGUCGCCGAACGUCCUUUCGUUUUGUGUUUCGGAACCUACUUUCAAGAAAAGCCUCACCCUUAUCACGUAUCUUUCUACGACUACUCUUUCAUGUCUCCUCUUUUCGAUUAUUUUCUCUUUCAUUCGUAUUUCCUUUUGUAUGAAGAUCCCGACCGAUCGUUAGAGAUUCCACGCUAAAUAUACUCACUAUUGGACACAAUCUCAUUACAACAUUUUAGGCACUACACCUACACUAAUAAAUCACUUCGCUCCCCCUUUCCCCUGAUGCGAUAAGAAACGUAUGUACAAAUUUAAAAACGAUUAAAAUAAUCCUAUCUCUAUAAUAGCUUUCAGUAUAUGUAUGCGUGUAUGUGUAUUUGUCUCCGUGUAUCAUCGUGUCACCCGAAAGGAAGACACGACUGUUAGACUUACGCUCGACACGCGUGAAAUCAAUGGUAUCGGCUGAAAACAUUUGUUUCCUUUAGCAGGUUUUAAAACCGGCGACUGACUUGCAACAGAACGCUGUAAUGUAACUGCUCGGCACGAAUUGUACGGUUCGACACCAACGUUACAUUACAAGGUCCUUUUUGGAAUCACGAAUGCUCGCUUCGAACUCUCGGCUGAAUUCUCUCUCGAUGCUUCCUACUCAGUUCAGUGAAAAGUAGACGAUCAAAGAGGUUCGUGAAAAAACCGACAGACCAAGUGGAGCACGAUCGAGCUCAAGAACGGCUCGGUUCGUCGCUCGUUAGUCCGCCAAACUAAGCGAAUGCUCGCGUUACAUUAAAAUGUUCUGUUGCAAGUCAGUCGUCGGUUUUAGAGUGGCAACGUGGCAGCGAGGGCCUAUCGCGAACAGUCUUCGAUUUGUCGCAAAUGGAUAAUCGACGGCAAAAGGAUCAACGCCACGUUAACGAGAAUACUCCGAUACGUAAGAUUAAUCGAGUGGAUGUUGGCGAGCAAACAAAAUAACGCGUCCUAUCGUCCGAUCGAAAGUGACAAAUUUGCGGUAACGUGUAAUCUUCUGGAUCGUUAACAUCAUGAUUAUACGUUUCCAUACGUGAUUACAUUUUACGCCGCGUACACGUUUGGCCAUUUCAAAAAGGCCUGACCGAAACAAUAUUCGCUAUACGAAUAUCCACGCUACAUAAUAUUUAAUAAAAUAUCACAACUAGAACCAUCGAUACAAUUUACGGUAUACUUUUUUCUUUUUUAGUCAAUUUGUUUUCCCGCGUAUAUAUACACGUAUAUAUAGUAAUAGCAUCUACUAUGUGUUAAUUAGAUACUCCCCGUUGCAGCGACGCGCUUACUUCUAAGCCGUACAGCAAAAAUGUGUGUUAAAAGUAACGAUGACUGCGUUGAACAUGACUCUUGAGCUUGUACUGACUGACGAUCUACAUCUAAGAGAGAAACUACUAUUAUUAUAACAUAGGACCAUGCGCGAGUAGCGUAUACACCACACUUUGUAAACCCAAAAGCUGUUAUUAGUAAUACAUCGACCACAAUAUUUUCUACUCAUUAGACAGUAAUCGAUAUUUGACUUCAAACGCUACUACUUAGAAUGAAAUCUACAGAGAAUACUUUGUAUGCCCCACAGCACGCUAUUAACAACGGUGAAUGUAAUAAUAAAAUAAUCUAAUCUGUGGUUAAUCCGAACUACGGUGCGAUAAUUACAGUUCUUAAUGCUAAUGUUUUACAAAAUUCUUGCAUCGUCAGUCAAAACUUGCUCUUUGGAUGAAAGAAACGAAAACCUGACUGAGAAAACUUCCACCUACAACUAGUGACACGUAUAUAUCUAAAUAUACGUCCGAAUAUGUACACAGAGGCGAAAAUGAAGCAUAAGAAAUGACUAUAUUCGUACGACUGCCGCGUGUACACCGUGUAAUGUGUGUUUGUUCAAUGUAUCGAUUCGCAAAGGAAUAAAACAAAACUGUUUCUAUACAUACACACGCGCGAGUACGCGCGCAUACACACAUGCAUAUGUGCGCGUAAACACGCACGUAUAUUAUUACUAACAAUGGUCUUCUUUACGGUAGUAAAAGUGUGUGAAAUCUAAGGAUAUGACUUUAUCUCGCGAUAUGCGAGAAGAGAAGGUAGGUUUUCUUCUAUGCUAUACAACCUCCUACGCUCUAUGGAAGCAUACAUUACAUACAUACAUAUAUAUAUACACACAUACACACGUAAGUGCGCAAAACUGCUGGUAUGUUAAUUAAUUCACGUUGAUUCUAUUUUUCUUUUUUUUUCUGUACUGCAACUCUUUCAUGACGCACCGAAAAAGAGGCGCGCAC